AUGGGCAACGAAGCCAACAAGACAACCGAGGCUGCGAGCGAUCUCAAUCCAAACGGCUUCAUCACUGACCGCGAGGUCGACGGCGAGCGACGUUCCAUCCGCCACUAUAAUGAUGGUCGAGUAUCGGGGCGCGGUAGGAGUGUCGAGGGUAGCCUACGAACAAAGAUGCACAAGAACCCCACAGGGACCGGAGGUCGUGCCAGGCCUCUCACCUCCCAUCCCGGGAACCUGGGCGGUCGAUCUACUCCUGUUGCGUCCGGUUCAUCUGAUAUCGCUGAUAUCACUGCCGCCAUGGCCAAGCUCACUGUUGACCAUCCCACUAGCCCUAAGGUAAAGAGACUCAGCAAAAAGUUGAACCUCGAUGCCGAUCCGAGGAUUGAGACUGUAACUCUGCGAAAGGUCACUCCUUCAUCUACGGCUAGUGUGGUCUCCUCUACGUGCAGCACGGGCAGCAAUAGUUCUGUCAAUGCUAGGAUAGCGGAAAUUGAAGAUCGAGUAAGGAAGCACAUUAAGACACGGCUCCAGUCUAUAAAGGAGGAAGAUGCACAGUAA